UUGAAAUAGUUGUAUGCCACCUUUCCCGUGAAUUCCCUAAAAGUAGAACGUGUAAUCCUGUAGGCAGAGGGAAGAGAGAGAAAUCAGAAAUGGCGAUGAGUUCGACAGAGAAAGCGGUGAUGAUAGUUGGAAUCGAUGAAAGCGAUGAAAGCUUUCAUGCAUUAGAAUGGACACUUGAUAAAUUCUUCACUCCAUAUGCUCCUAAUUUCCCUUUCAAUGUCUUGCUCGUUUAUGCUAAGCCUACUUCUACCACUGCUAUUGGCCUCACUGGUCCUGGAGCUGCACAAGUUUUGUCUUUUGUGGAGGCUGAUCUGAAGAGAGUAGCUGCUAGGAUCAUAAUCAAGGCUAAAGAUUUGUGCCACUCAAAAUCGGUUCAUGAUGUUUCCGUUAAAGUUAUAGAAGGCGAUGCUAGGAGUGUUCUAUGUGGAGCUGUUGAGAAGAACAACGCAUCCAUGUUGGUUGUGGGUAGUCAUGGUUAUGGAGCACUGAAAAGGACCUUCCUGGGGAGUGUGAGUGACUAUUGUGCUCAUAAUGCUCACUGCUCGGUAAUGAUCGUUAAGAAGCCGCAAACAGACAACUAAUCCCACUUCUGAAACUGUAAGCUCAUCAACAUGGCUUUCCCCUUUUACACAGUGUGACCUUUUUAUAUGUGUAAUUAUUUUUACGCAAUAAUUAGAAUUCGGUGUUUGACCAAGUUAUGUAUUUUAGUUGUAAUAAACUACUCCUGAUCCGUAGUUAGAAAUGUGUAGUACGUACUAUAAUACAUGCAAUGCUUUUGUACAAAUUGAUGUUUUGACAUUCGCCUA